AUGUCAACACCAACCAAGAAAGCGAGAGCCGCCAAACGCGAGCUACAGGAGAACAAGACGGUCGAGCCUUUGGAAGAGACGCCUUCAGGAAUCACCAUCGUCUCGCCAGCAGGCGAUCUUGUCCUCAUUGUACAACGAGAUGGCCCGGCACAGGAGAUUUGCAGAUAUCGUGUCGACUCGAGCAGGCUGAAAGACGCCUCGACCUACUUCCUGCGACUUCUACAAGGCGACUUUAAAGAAGGCGCCCAUGUGGCUCUCCGCCACUCGGAGCUCAAAACCAAAUAUCCCGUCCUCGAUGCCGCCGUUCCCGCCGACGAGCUUCCGCAAGUCAGCAUUGUCCAUGUCGGCCGCAUAUCGCCCUCGGUGAGGAGUAUCAAACAGCUCAUGGCCGACUUCCUAUGCGCUUUGCACGCACGCGACAUGACCAGCGUGACCCCACCUCUGGCUAACAUCGCAAACCUGUGCAUCGUAGCCGACCGCUUCGACUGCCUUGCGUCGUGGCGUGCCUACUGCAAGAGCCACAAGAUGAUUGCCGCUCUGGACGCAAAGCCUACAUCGAAAAAUGCUGCUACAAAUGAAGAGCGUGCGCGCCAACGACUGCUGGUCGGCAUCUUCCUGGAGAACGCGAGCUGGGUAUAUCAAGCCUCCUUACGCCUCAUACAUCGCGGUUGGGUCGGUCGCGAACCCGAGGAAGAUGCGGCUCUGUGGUGGGAUCUACCCAUGGGUAUUGAGGAUGAGUUGCUGUUCCGCCGUGACUGCAUUCUAGAAACCAUACAGUCCUUGCAGGCGCACUUCCUCACCCUAUACACGUCUCGCGAGCGACAGUGUAAGCUGGGCUACGACUCCUCGCCCGAAUGCGAUUUGUUCCAAUUGGGUCAGACCAUCAAAUUCUUCAAACGUAUCAACACUCUUUCCUUGCAAAGCACCAUCUUUGCAACCUCAGAUCCGCCUGAACCCUACGAUGGCGACGUCCUAGAUCUUGUCGACAGCUUCAAACAAGCUCCCGAGUAUCAGGUAGACAAAAACCAUCAUCACUGUGGCAUUCGCACACGCAUCCUGCCUCUAUUAGAUCUCUUGGUUCUUGCUCUAGGUGAAGUCGGCGUAUGUUGGUGGUGCUGGCAGGAGUGCAGACAUGACUAUGCUUGGUCAAAGGUCAAGAAACCGUUGGUAUGGAAGAAAGAUUCUGCUGGAGCUAGCAUGCACCAACACUACAAGAAUCGACAAGCUCAAAGUCAUUUGUUCAAACAUCUUGAUACCAGAGACCUGUUCAUGGCUAACGAGAGGCUUUGGGCAGCCUAG